GAUUGGUGCGCGGGAGAUAUGGCGAGCGGGCAGCGCGCGCGCCGACCGUGACAGGAAUGUCUGCGCAUAGAUAGAAAACACAAGUUGCAUGUGUGAGGUCACAGUUACAGCUGGACUGCCACCUGAGCCGUGCUACUGCCUAGCAUAGCGGCCGGCGCCGGCGCCGCUUCCUUUACGUUAACCAUUCAAGUGCUCCUCUACUUACACACGUCGGUCGUGAACGGUGGCCUCAUAUUUUCCUUAUCAACGUUAUCAAUGCCUAUCUUGUGUACCUACAGUUAUAGAAAUUACUAUUCAAAUUUAAAAUACAAAACCGUUUAAUUAGGUGCCUACUUAUAAAUAAUAUGCUUGUUGGAACUAAGUAGUCAAUAGAUAAAUUAGUGAAAAACUUUGAUGUAAACAAAUUUGGAAGCGACUGCCUGUCUGAACUUCCAACCCGCGAAGGGAAAACCAGCCCGAUACAGAUGUGUGUGCGCGUGUGGCUGGAGGUGGGUCACGCGUGCGAGCCGCGGCGGUCGGCGCUGGGCCGCGCGCUGGCGCUGGACUGGCGCGUGUGGGUGCGCGGUGUGCGCGGCGCGGAUAUAAGCUCCUUCGUGCACAAGGUCGUCUUCUACCUGCACCCCGCCAGCGCCUUCGUCUACCCCAAGAGAGUGAUCCAGGAGCCGCCGUACGAAAUCCAAGAGUCCGGGUGCGCGUCGAUCGAGAUACCGAUCCACGUGUACCUGAAGCACAGCAGCCGGCCGCGCCGCAUCCGGUUGCGCUACAGCCUGCGGGCCGAGAGCGCCGCACGCAGCGCGUCCGAGUCGCGCUGCGUGUACUACGACGUGGAGAACCCCUCGGAGCCGCUGUGGCGCGCGCUGCUGUGCGCGGGCGGCGAGGUGGUGGCGCGCACGGCCAACCACGCGGCGCCGCCCGCACGCGGGCCCGCACUCGUCGUGCUGCUGGCAGACGCCGACGACCAGCCGCGCGAUAUGAAGCCCAGCAUGUACAAGUUCGCUGCGCCCCUGGAGGCGGCUCCGCGGCCCACCGGCAAGCGCGGCCGGCCGCCGCUCGACGAGCUGUGCGCCAAGUGCGGCGAGGCGGCCGGCGCCGACUUCCGCAAGCAGCUGCGCGCGGCCGCAAUGACGGGGGAUGAGAUCGCGCGCGUGCAGCGGCUGUACGCGGCCUUCUCCAGUUACGAGAAGUCGGGCGAGGCGCUGCCACUGCCGCCGCUGUCGGACCCCAUCUACCGCGUGCCGGAGCUGCCGCGCUCGCUGCGCGCCGCUCUGACCAGCGUGGAGGCCGACCUCGCCAUGCAGUGACCGACCGACGAGCGUCCCUUAUCAGUGCUAGUGAUUUCAUGGUGCCAUGUGAGACUGAUUGCAUUGAAUGCAAUGGUGUUCAUAAAAAUAAAAUAACACUUACCUAUACCUACUACUCUUAUUUCUUUGGUAAAUGGUAAUCGUUUGUAAGUCGUACGUAUAAGUAGGUAUCUUUACUUUUGUUUUUGAAUGAUAAAGAUUUAAACUAUAUCUAAUUAUCUAUUACUAAUUAUUUAUUUGAUUAUUGUUCAAGUACACGCGCUGUGAGUGAGAUCUCAGAAAAGUUAAUUAUUAGAUAAUAUGUUUAAUGAAGUAAGCGGCUAUUUUUGCUCAUAAAUAUAGUUACCUUUAUACCUAACUUAUAAGUAAAUACUUAUUUUAUAUGACGUAUUUAUUUUAUAAAAGAAUUUAGAUUAUACUCCGUUGUGAUUGCUAUGAGUGAUUGAAUUGUUUGAUCACGAUUACUGCUCCCGAAAUAUAGAAUACUGUAUGAGAUAUUACUUAUUGGGUUUGAUAUUUGUGUUCGCUUUCUAAGGUAAUAAAAUAACUAGAUCAUUGAGAGAUUAUCCUAGAUACCUUACAUGCUAUUUAUUGUAGGUGAUUAAAUGUUUAUUAUUUUUAAAUGAUUAUUUAGAUAUAGCUAGGUUAAUAAAAAACAAUCCAUUGUUUUACGGGUGCUAUCUCGUAUAGUGUGUGAACACUGUGAACCAAGUGAUUGUGUAAGUCAAUUUGCCUAGGCAAUCCAAAGACGAAGUGUUUGAUUCGAUUCCAAUUACGGAAUGUCGACGUGAUAGGACAUACCUACAAGGUGUGGCGAAAUAGCCACUUAUACUUACUAACUGUUGUAUGUAUUGUACCUAUAUCCAGGUGUUAUAAAGGUCGAAAUCCUCUGGUCUGAUUUACAGGGUAACUACUAGACUACGUAUAUUUCACCUAGUGGAAGUCUAAAAGCAUAAUCAUAAUUGUUACGUAAUAGUUAAGAAGAAAUGGUUAAUUUUUGUUAACUCGUUGUUUUUAUAAAAAAAUAUCAGUGUUUUCCAUG